GAUUCGAAUGUUCGUGGGGAGUUACUGCGAUUCGCAUCUCGAAUCUCGCGAAAUUCCAUGCGACACGAAUGAAUGAAUGAACCGGGGUCGCCCAAGGAGUUGAAUGGACGUGGGAACCCGUGCGAGAGUGGGUGUUCUGAGAUCGCCGCGGGCUGAUAAGGACGGAAUCCGAGUCAAUUGAGACGUUGCUGGGAGGCUGCACUGCGUCCGCGAAAUUCAAUCCGAGUCGUUGCAAUCUGUCGAGUGCGUCCAUGGCCCAGGGCUGGCCGGAGUGGUGACCCGCGGCGGCGGUGGUGGUGAUAAUCAGCCGCGGAAUUUCGCGCGAAGAAGUGCAAGAAGUGGUAAACGAUCGACCUUGCGGGUCAAGUGCAGCGCAGAGUGCCGAGUGCAGUGAUAAGGCCGGGGAUGUUGGCUGCGUGCUGGGCGGCGGAUUUAGUGCGUUGAACUGUGGAACGUCUUCGGGCCUUGGGUUUGUUUACGCGGUCGCGCGCGUGGUCCCGAGUCACGGAUUACUCGUGAGUGACAACUGCUUCUGUGGAUAGUCGGGCGAGUAACGGAGGAGCUGCAUCGCCUGGGGAUUAGCGGCUGAGGCUGAUUUCGAGCCCGACCCGGCAACAGUUGGGGAAUGUACCAUCGCACAAGAGAUGAUGAUGCUACAGCAAUGAUGUCGCAGCCUUGCUCAUUCAGAUAGAAGGGCAAUGUCACUGUCGAAAAAGUGUCAAACUAUGAUUGAUUGUCCCCUUUGGUGUUCGUGAGCGCGACAUUUCAUUAGAGAAUUUGUUAUGCGAUGAUAUUCUACAACGUUUUUAUUAUCUACGUCCUGUGCCUUAGAACGUUCGGCAUUCAGAAUCAGGCGGUGGCUGGGUCCAUUAAUCGUAGUCUAAAUAUAGCGGCGGCCGAUAGAGCGUCCUCGGACGCGCCUACUUCAGGCACGGCUAACAUUCCGCCACUGUUGGACAACAAAAAGCCCACAUCACCACUAGAUGCCUUAAAGCCCAUCGAGACAAAACCGAAAAUUGGAGAUGCUGGGGGUGAGAAAACUCCCCCCACGGAUCAUGGUUUCGGUGGAUUCGGUGGUGGUGGCAGUGUCGGCGGUACCGGUGGUGGUGGUGCAGGCCAUUUCGGAAGCCAUUCGGACUUUGGUGACGACCUAUAUGAUGAGGAUUAUGAUGGUGAGAACUAUCCAGACAAAGGGGAGCAUGAAUACAAAGCGACGGAGUAUGAAGAGCGUCAAUUAGAUCCAAUGCUGGAUAGCUUUGGAACGAAACUUGAAGGACAUGAUAGCGAGGGAUCACUGCCAUUGUUCCUGGUUGAACCGCAAAGUACCUUUGUGGUGAAGAAUCGACCGGCAACGUUGAAGUGCAAGGCAGCACAUGCAUUAAAGCUGUCUUUCAAAUGCAGUGGAAGCUCGCAGCCACCACCCUCGACGAUGGAAUCUCACGUGGACCCUCACAACGGGGUGCAUCUGGUUGAAGUGACGGCAACUAUUUCCCGGGACCUAGUCGACGAGUAUUUCGGGAAAACCCCAUUUCGGUGCGAUUGCCAUGCAUGGUCGUCGCGAGGGGGCGCGAAAAGUCAAGGAGCUGUUGUGGAAGUUGCAUAUAUUCGAAAAACAUUUACCAUUUCACCGACGUCGAUACGGGCCCAGCUGGGAGGACGGGCUGAGUUGCAGUGCAGUGCACCGAGUGCAUUGCCGCCGGCCAAGAUAGCGUGGUAUAAGAACAAUGUGCCAAUUACCCCCGAGCACCCCAUUGUGAUAACACCUGAAGGAAGUCUUCACAUUGAACAAAUAUCACUUCAGGACAUGGCGAACUACACUUGCGUGGCCGAGAACAUAGCCGGCAAACGCACUUCAGACCCAGCAGCCUUAACGGUCUACGUGGACGGAGGCUGGAGUGCAUGGAGCUCCUGGAUGGCAUGCAAAUGUCCCGGAAAAUCAAGUCAAGGACGAAAACGAGUUCGAAGCUGCACGAAUCCAGUACCGCAGAAUGGAGGAUCCCAGUGUGAAGGUCCAGACGUACAGAAAACACCAGAUUGUAUCUCGUGUCCCGAGGACACCCAAAUUGUGAGCCCCGACAGCUUCGAAUCAUCCUUUGCAGGACGAUGGUCGCCAUGGUCGGAGUGGAGUUCAUGUUCAGCGGACUGCAUACAAAUUCGUCGACGGAAGUGCAUUACUCACACAGUGGAUGACGCAGUCAUGGGCGGAAGUGUGUCAUUCAGCGAAGGAUAUGACAAAUCGUUAUGUUUCGGCAAGGACUUUCAGACGGCCGAGUGUCGUGGAGGAAGCUGCCGAUUCGGAAGAGACGAUUCAGACUGGCCACUCUAUUUGGGCCUGACGGUCAUCACAGUGGUUUGCAUUGCAUUGGGUGCUGCACUAAUUAGGACUGCACGAAGGGGAAGACACAUACCCCCAUAUAAUAUGGCGAGAACAGUUAUGCAAUCAGAUUAUCUCCAUGAUGCGGACAAGAAAGCCAUACAUUUUCACAGUGACACAGGAACUGCAAAUUACGAAUACCCAACGGCAGCACAUCGUCCAUUAACGGGUGGAAUGGCUAUGACACGAUCUAUUUCGGAGCAUCAUUACGAUGUUCCGAAUUUAGCAUCAACAUAUACAACUCCAAUCGAUGGCCUUAGCUCGAAAUAUUCCUACGCCACGGAUACAGCAGACACAGCGACGAGUACUUCUGAUUCUACCUACGAUGUCGCCAGCGAGCCUCCAACCCUGCCAAUGCCCCCAAAAGGGAUGUGCAAACUGUCCACAACCCGUGAAGUGGUGACCAGCGUCGGUGGAUUCCUCAAACUCUACAAAGGCCUAACAACAAUGUACAUACCAGACAUGGCUGUGGGAAAGAAUGCAAAGCACACAGUAUCCUUGUCCAUUCUCACCGACGAAUGUUCAAGGAUAAUCACAUCAGAUUCUUCGACGUAUCUUAGUCCAGUAGUCUACUGCGGUCCAGUUGACCUAACGUUCAAUAAGGCGAUAAUUUUGAAAAUUCCCCAUUGUAUGGUUGAGCCAGAUCAGUGGACAAUCAAUGUCUACUAUUCAGGAUGUUUCAUACAGGAAGCGAAUGUGAAAUGGCGAAAAGCCGCCACUAUAGGGGAGGAGACAAUAAAUACCCCGAUUUUCGUGCAAAUCGACAAGGAGUUUGCAUACGUGAUGACCGAGCAAUUAGGAAGAUUUGUGAUAGUGGGCGAACCGUUCGACAAAGCAGGUAUAGCAACGAAGAAAAUGAAAUUGAUCGUCUUCGGCCAAGUGGGACCAGCCAAUAGUUCGACAUGCAGCUUGCGAGUGUACAUAGUCGAUGACUUCCCCAAUUGCAAGGAUAUGUGUUCGCGUGUCGAAUCUCAACUAGGUGGCACUUUCAUGGGUGAGAGUCCGCCAUUCAUUUUCCAAUUGAACAAUUGUGACUUCAACUUGAGGUUGAACUGUGCAGGGGAGUGGCAACCGGCAGUGGGAUCAGACGUACAGACCAUACCCUACAAUCACAUGCUCAACAGCAACUCAAUCCUGCACUGCGAGUUCAGCCUGCAACGAAGCGAGCAGCCGUGCAUAGGCGUUAAGCUAGAAAUCAACUAUAGUCAGUCAGACGAUCUCGUGGACACCUACAUGUUCGUAGUUCCUUACACUACCCUUGAGACAACCACUGCCAACUCCUCAUCCAGCAGUUUGUCUGAUAAAAAGAAGAACUCAGUGACCGACCGAAAUGGCACUUUCAUAACCGAGAUCGAGGCUGAAUUUAGAUUACCUCGAAAUGCAAAACGCUUAAUUUGCGGCCUCCUUGAUCCACCAAGGGCGGACGGGAAUGAUUGGCGACUUCUAGCGAAUAUCCUGAAUGUCGAUCGGUACAUUGCGUAUUUCGCAACAAAACAGUCACCAACGGAACAUGUUCUGAAUUUGUGGGAAUGUCGAAAUAAAGGUACCAAAGCUAUUGUAGAGUUGAUGACUGUCUUCAAAGAAAUGGAUAGACAGGAUGUUGUCGAUGUUGUUGAACAGAGUGUCGGUCCGCUGUGGUUCUAAGUGGCGAAAGCUCAAAAUAUUCAGGACAGCUCAAAGAAAGCAGUAAUUGUGUAAUCAAAACAAAACGUGUAUUUCGUAAAAGAAUAGUAGCGUCUAGCUUUAAUUAGGUGUACAAGAGAGAAGUUUUUAUAGAUGGAUAGUUGAUUUUCGGAGUAAUAAUUAAUCGAACUUAUCCGAAAACAGUCGAGUUUUGCAGGUAUAUCCUUAAAGUAUUAUCUCCUUGCAUACAUCAACCAAUCAAUCGAAAUAGCUGGUGGAAAAAACUCCAGAUUUUCAGGUAGGUGUAAGCAGUGAACUUAUAAACUAAGUUGUAUGUUAGAUUGGUUACCAAUAACCGUACAUUGUGAUACCUUCAUUGAUUUACUUGACUUGAACGAUUGAGUUUUCGUGAUUGAAACAGAGAAUUAGUACUUUUAGUUAAAAAUGGAUGUGGACCCUUUAGUUGCACUCUUUGGAUCUCCAUUCAAUUUUAAAAGUUGGAACCAGCAGGACUUUUGAGCCACUCAAAGCAAUCUCCUGCGAUAUGAAUCUCACUGACCAUUUGACGAAAUUAGCCAAAACCCUGUGUAACAACAAGGUAGAAUAUUUUCCCUUAUAUAGUCAUAUUUCCAUCAUUACAUUUUUGCAUGGUUCUAUGGUCCACAUUGCCUACUACAGUAUACUGUACUGUACCGUCCGGUCUUGAAUGAAAUGCUCUAACAAUCUUCAAAGCCCUGAUUCAAUUAGAUUAUAGCGCCGACGAUUAUUAUUAUUAUAAUAGUUUCGCCUCCCCAUAUGAAGUUUCAUGUAAAGAAUUUCCUUUCUCUAAGUUGCGACCGCUGAUUGAUGCUGCAUCCCUAAUUAUUUAUUUCCUGAAGUAAAGUUUUCCACAGUGCUCUGAGGAUCCCAAUCCCUUCUGCAGAGGUGUUUCAGGAAGUUCAAUUUCAAGACGUUCCUUUCAUGACCAUUUGAUUGAUAUCUCCAGCAUAUGGACGGCUUGUUGUUGUUUAUUAAAACUAACUCUCCUACAAGUUAGUUUAAUACACAUUACUGUUAUCACUUUUUGUGGGAAAGUUUACAAAUGUCAUUGUUGACAUUUGUCACCCCAGUCUCAUGUCAGUCCGUCAUUUUUUUCUGUGGCCAUUGAAUGCAGCGGCGGAGGCGAAUUCAUAAUGACGCCUAGGUUCGCGCCUCCGAUGUGCCGCCACAAUAAUUCAUUCCGAAGUCCUGAUAAUCUAGUCCAAAAGAAGGCAUCCUCCAGCUACUUAAAAUCUUACCCGAUAUCAAUCAUCGGUUCGCUCUUCGAAUACAACUUUGUACAACCUUUUAUUUUUGUAAUAUAUGGUAUCUCUUACAACUUCAACGUACUUACUUUUGCCCUCCAUAGUUCUCUAGUUUUCCUUCGGACCUUCCUUUAAAAAAUGCUUACUCAUAAGAGGCCUGUAGCGUAUCAUAACGAUAACGGCAUUUAUCAGCAGAUGAGCCAGUGAAUUUGAAAAGACAGGCAAUAUCAGCGAACAAGCAGAGAGGAGUUAAAGGGGUUGACGAAAAAAAGCCAGGAGAAAUUUUACUCUUGGCAGAUAUCCUGAUUACGACAAGGCAAGCCAGGAAAUAUUCCGUCAAAACGUAGGGAAGACUUACCCCUCAACAUCCACUAAAGUACCUUGGGGAGGGAGCCUUUAGGAAAAAUUUCCAAGAAAGGCUUCAGUGGGUCCAAGAGGAUAUCGACCAAAAUUGAGCAAACAUUAUUUUUAUAGAUAUGAUGCGGUUUAUGACCUUUCAAAACGGUAAGACGGUCACUGUGUAUGGUCUAAAGAAAGUGGAAGAUUCCUUCAAUAUCCUGCGAAGAUUUUUAUAUACAAAUAGCGCUCUAAGUGGCUUGAAGGCUUGUUUUGGACCUUCACCAUCAUGAUCUACUCCCCCAGUCGUCUAGGAGUAAAGCUUCCUCAAAUGCCUAAAUCCCACCAGCGAUACACUGUAUUUGUUGACUUAAUCUUCUCAACGCUUUUCGCUCAUCAAACCCAAUGCUUUUUACCUUCUACCUACUUCUAUCCUUUUGCAUCCACUCUUCCUACGGGACUGGUAUAUGGUAUAAUAUUACGUCGCGAAGCGGGAUCAGUCUUUAACUUUCGUAAUGGUAUUCCUCUGUCCCUCCUUCUUCCUUCAAAACUACGUCUACAAUAGUAUUCUGUGGAUAUUCUUCAUUGCUUCUACCACCGUUUUCUACACCUUAAUCGAACUCAACAUAACACGAUGCUUUGCGCUGAUAAGUGGGUAUUGGCUACCGCCCCCAUUUCUAUUCUGUAUGAUGCGAACCUUGGGCAAUGGAGGAAUACAUGUCCUCCAUCCUCCAUUACGUAUUCCCAUCUCAGGCAGUUCGGCGAAUCUUAACGACAAAAUCGGUCAAGGUAUCCUCGAUAGCCACCAUGUCCGCCUAAAAACUGAGUCAAAUCAUAGCCUACGUUACCAUGUCUUCAUUUAAUCCAGCUCUCGAUGUUCAGUAUAAACCUAUGUGUUCCAUCGUUUCUACCAUUCUACAAGUGCUAGAUUCCUUCCCGACUGUCGUCAGCCAGCGCUAGGUUCCCCAGUUUCAGAACUUGAUGCCUUUGUAGCUGGACAUUGGAAGUAGGGAACAUACUAAAGUUCCUGACGGCUAUAGGCCUGCUUGAGAUACUAUGAUCAAUAGGUACACUAUAACCAGUAAAAGAGGCACAAUAGUUAUUCAAGGAUGCGGUGCGACUUUCCCUUAACAGAAUAAUAAUAAUAAUAAAGAUUUCGACGUCGUCACCUUGGCCUCCUACGACUCUAAUGGAAGUGCAACACUAGCACUCCGUUAUACUAAGUUAUCUUCCACAACAAAGGGCCGAGAAGUGAACCUUGUGGUACUCCACAGAUUAUUCGAUAUUGUUUAGUGCCCUCAUCUGAGUCGCAACAAAGCCGGCUUCCUAUCUGAAACUCGAGAACGUAUAAAGUACGGUCUUUCCUCGUCGAAGGCGUUUUUUACGUCGAGGGUUAACAUCGCACAACAUUUAUGUCCUUCAAUAGCUGAUAUAGCCAGAUUUCUAACCAAAUUGACCACAUCGUUCGUUGAUUGGGCUUUCCGGUAUCCAAACUACCUCCCUGAUAGACCGCCUUCCCUUGCCGCGAUUGGGACUAAUAUAUAUUUCCUAUCUCGCUCGAAAAGAUGGUAUUUAAGACGCAUAUUAACCUAUACGACAAAGGUUCACCCAGUGGCUUAUUCGGCUUCGGAAUGAGUAUCAAUUUUUGCUUCGUCCACUGUGCAGGGAAGAUAUCUUCUUUCAAGCAUGCAGUGAACACCAAUUUGAGAGCUAAUUUCGGUAUAUAAUACUAUCUAAGCCGGGAGUCUUGUUAAAUUUGAUGUUCUUGACCACUUCUAAUAUCUCUUAAUUGUUUACCUCUGCUACUUCAUCAGGGUUGAUUUGAUCGAUCAGAAGGUCAUCGUGAAAGUUGUGGAGUUGAUAGUAUUUCAAUAUUCCUGACAGACCAGCAUUUUCCGCACCAGAUUGUGUGAUGGGGUCCUCAAGGACUUCAUCAUAGUUUCGACAAUCCGCCAGAUUAUUCAAUUUAAACCGGUAGAGGUACCGACGAAGUGUCCCAUGGUCAGGGCCAUAGAGGAAAAAUUCGGGCCUGGGGUGAAAAUAGUGCGAAAAACGAGGCCUGCCGUGGAAAUUAUGCGAGUGUGGGGAGAAAAUUAUGUAGGCCACCUAUUGUCUCUUUUUUUCAUUCAAACUUCUUUUCCGGCCUCCGAGGAAUUUCCGGACCCGGGACGAAUCCGCCUCCUCUUUUCAGUCUAGCCCAUGCUCCUUGAUGGCAAGCGUUCUCAUUGCCCCUGCUAUCUACUUGUAGAUCUGUCUCUUUCGCAGAAGAGGAGAUUGACUUCACAUUGUACAUGCUCCUCAUCUCGUUUGCCAGAAUACCAAUUCCCUAGAUGACGAAUGCUGCAUCAUAUAAGACGCCUCUGAAUUCAGAAUGCACCCUUAGGAUUGUCUUCCUGUAGUCUGCACUCAGUUUAUGCGCGUUACAUGAGAUCUGAAAUGUUCUUCUCCGAAUCGAACACCGUGGCAAUAAGUAACCUACAUACAUAUUGCGGCUUUACUAUGUUCGACAUCGUCCUUAGCAAUAUCAUACUCGCUGUGGAAAUUUAGUCGCAGGUGUACUAUACGCUUUCAGUGAGAUUCGAACCGCAACCUUCCGUACGACAGCCUUGUGCUCUAACCACUCAGCUAUCCGGACACUUUUCACAGCUUCCCACACUUAAAUAGCCGCUUCUGCUGAAUGUUCCCAAGGACCCUUCUACGUUUUCCAUGGACAGGAAUGUCGCUCGAACUUCGAUCGUUUACCUAGUUGUUCAUCAUAGCCAUCGUGUAUUCUCCAUUAUCUGCGCCAUUUUCUAUGAUUUCGAUGUUAUCAUGAUUGUUGGUUUCGCUAUCUUUUGCGUCGUUUUCUGUCUCCAAGGUUAGAAAGUCGUCUUUGAAGUUCAAUCCUGAACUCUUAGCCCACAAACUUCUUGGUCUUCGUUAAGUACAACUGCCCCAUCACGCUACUUCACUGUAUCCGGGUUAGCUCCCAAAUAAGUAAACGCAAUGAUGAUGUUCGAGGUUUACCAGAUUUUGUUUUAUUUAUGGUUGCCAUUGUCAACGUAUUUUUGGUAACCUACGCAACCUACUACCAGCUAAAAUAGCCCGUAUUGUUUUCUAGAACACUAAUCUGAAAGCAUUUGAUACAUUACAUCAAGGUAAGCCUAUUCAACUGAGCACCAUAUAACCCGUUGUUAAGGGUACCUCAAUUACCUUUCCGUCUCUCCUAUCCAUCACCAUCUUUUUCGCCUUAAGUAUGCUCGGCUCUACGUGUGCUCAUCUUGCUGCUUGAUCUUAGUGGAGGUAGAAAUCCAGAUACCACCUUCGCAUAGAACUGUCUUCUUUGGCGCUCCCACCUACAGAAUCAGGCACUUUUUAAAAUAAAUACAAUCUGGGGGUCGUCGUAAAUACUGAUUCCUACUGAGUAGCUGGGUUAGGCAAUAGUCUCAUCAAGCUGUACUGCAGUCGUGCGUACAUCUAGCGUUCAAUUCGUAAAACGGACGUUCUACUCACGAGUGACUCCUUGCUUAUCCUCCCCAUCUUUCCUACAAAAUGAUUGGUUCCAAGACAGUGCCGAAGGCUCUGCGCCAUUAAACUUGUGGUAGGCAACAUCUGCUUAGCACACCCAUGUCUAAACUAGUAGAUAGUCGAUUUUCACAAUUAUGUAGAUUAUUGCAUUCUCGUGAAAUCGAGGACAUUACUUUUGAAUAUUUGCUCGACCUCAUUAGUGUUAGAUCAUUCCCAACACCCACCAGCCAUGGAACCUUAUUGUAAUCAAUAUAAACAUCCGUAAAAGAUGCUCUUGCUUACUGAACCUUCAGUGAUUCUAUGUUUGACAUAUUGUAUGACCGACUAUGUCGUGAGUUUUGUUCACUCAUGCUCCUCGCACUUGCCGCAUUCUCGAUCCAGCCGUUUAUGCCGUACAUCUUUAAUUACUAGUCCAAUAUAUGAACUAUAAUAGAAUUUAUUAUUCUACCCUAAAAUUGGGUUCUCCCAGCAUCUGGCGCUUCGUCAAGUCGUACCUGAGUUACCUUCUUUGGAGGGAAGGUGAAAUGCAUUUAUGGAUAUACACAAAGAGUGCCCAGGCCCUGCUCUGAAUAAGACUACCGCCUAAAACGCCCACCUGUUAUUUCUUGGACACCUGCCUCUUUUAUUUAGACCCCUGUUACUGCGGAAGCCUAAACUACUUUGUCGUUGCUUCUAUCCAUCUCUAUUUUUUUCAUCUUGCAAAUGCCUUAAAUUCAACAUGCCACCUGACUCUAUAUGAGCUCAUCUUUCAAUUUGACCUCAAUGGUGGUGUCCAGAAAUUAGCUUCCCUUCGCCCGAAAAAAUAUUGGCGAUGAUGCUCCCAGGCUUCCACAGAAGCAGGUAUCGUCAACCAUGUCCUUGUUGUAAAUAAAAUCGACUUGCAAUGAUUUCCCGAAUUUCGGGAGGUAGGAUUGAAAAUAGCUAUGUUCACUGAGUAACUGGGUUAGCAGAUUACAAUCAGUGGUUACAUCGUGCCAGAUGAGUGGUAUUUGAUUCGGGGUUACUGCCGUUCGUUGAUAGAACGAGCCCUCUCUUCACGAGCUUUUAUGUUCGUCACUUUUCUUGAAGUGUACAAAUCUCCACUUCUUAGAGAGCAAAACGAUCGGAACGACUCCUGCUAUCGUUAUUAUCAAUGCUUCCGAGACAACAACGUAAGCAAACGCUACUUAAAAAGCUAUCAACCAUUGAAUCUGCGCUACUUACGCCUUACAGGACAUCAUCAUCAACGGUGCAACAACCGGUAUCCGGUCUAAGCCUGCCUUAAUAAGAAACUAGUGACAUCCCCGUUUUGCGCCAAUUCGAUAUUUUUAAAAGCUUUUUGCGCCGAAGUCCACCAA